AUGUCUUACCUUUCAAGUGCAUGCGCCACACCUUCGUCUUACUCGUCUUGCGCCAUUUCGAGUCGCGCACGUGUUCUUCUUUAUGCGCCACAGGCUUUAUCAAAGUUGCAGCAGGUGAAAAUAAUGUCUCCUAAUAGAGAGAUACCAUUGGACAAAGAACAGCUUCAACAUCUGGUGGAUAGUUGGGAAACAAGGCCAACGCGCAGCCUGCCUACGUUGCACAAGCAGAGUCUUCCACCGCCACCACUUCCAAACUCUAACUAUCAUACCCGUAUCACAAGACACGCAAUGGAAUCUCGUUAUCUCAUCAAUCUUGUGAAUUUCAAGCCACAGUUUUUCAAGGCGCAAAGCAAUGUCUCUGUCUGGCACAAAGUACCUGUUAAGCGUCGUUCUGCUGUAAUGGUUUUGUUGUUUCUUGGUAAGGAAGGUGAGUUACGCGUGAUAUUGACCAAAAGGUCUAGAAAAUUGAAAAACUUCUCGGGGCAUAUAUCUCUACCUGGCGGUAAAGCUGACCAUGGGUUGGAGUCUGAAUUUCAAUGUGCAAGACGUGAAAUGGAGGAAGAGAUUGGGAUUUCCAGGCACAACUCUCUAUUGCGUAAUAAAUAUGGCUUUGUACUUGAUGAAUUGAAGACUUUACCGAGCUAUUUGGCUAGAACCUUCUUGGCUGUUACCCCCUGUAUUGGGUUUAUCAAUUGGAACGAAAACACCCAACAUCAUGAGAGGAUUUUGAGGGACUUGGUUCUAAAUCCUGGUGAAUCGGCCAGUAUAUUCAGCGUUCCUUUGAGAGACUUCCUACAGCCGCCUUCUGAGAUAUUCCAUCCAAAGGAAUGUUUGAAACAGUCCCAUAUCAAAACCAAAUGGGGUGGGUUACCCUGGAAUUUACGCUCAUUUGUUUUUCCUCAAUUGAAUCACAAUGAGGUUCCUUGGUUAGAAGAUGUAGAAGAUUUGUCAUCUGAAUCAGAGGAUGAAACACAUGAAGAUCAAGAAUUCGAUGUUAGGACGAGGAAUUGUUGGGGACUAACGGCUAAUAUACUCCAUGAUGUUGCUGAAAUCAUUUAUAAUGGUAAAAAAUCGGUUAUUGGUGAGGAGGAUUUAAUUUGGUCAUUACUUAAUCACGGACAGCUACAAUCUUCGGGAAGAACGGAAUUUGAAUUGAGAUUAAGCAACAAUACAAAGGGUUGUCUUUUCAGUGAGGUAUUGCCUGAUGAUGAGAUCAAGCGUCUCAAGGUAUUAUAUAAAAAUCCAUAA